CCGGGUCUUGGUGGGGCUAGCGAGCGCCGUUCCCGAGUCUGCGGACAUCUGUUUUCACUUUCGCCUUCGCCGCCCCCUAGCUCGGGCUGUGUCCCCUCCCCGCCCCGCAGCCUUCCCCCACAGCCCCCGGCGCUCCCUCCGCGGCCAUGGAGGCGCUCAGAGCCCGGGUGGUGAGCACGCUGGACCGCCUGAGCCCACCCGAGCUGGAAGAGUUCAAGUUUUACCUGAGGAGCUCCGGGAAGAAGCCUAGGAUCCCGAUGGAGGACCUGGACACGGCCCCCACGACCUCGGCUCUGGCCGAUCUGCUGCUCAAGCGCUACGUCGUGUCCGGGACCCCCAGGGUCUUGGUCCGGGUGUUCCAGCGGAUGCGCCGGAACGACCUGGUAGCCGAGUGGGUAUUACAAAACAUCAUGUUGGACAUACUACGUUGGUGUGGAUGGAUUCUUCGCAAUUCCAGCAUCAGAUAUUGCAGAGAGAUAAAAAAGAUUCAAUUUUAUCUUUGUCUACAGAAUUUGGAGAUUGGGUUUCUCACAUGUAACUUGAAGAUUCAAGAUGAAAUUUGCAUGAGGUGCUGGGUAAUGGAGAAAUUACGAGAGUUUCGAGAUGGAAUAAAUAAAAGAAAAGAUGAUGUGAGCUGCUGCCUUGUUACUCUCAUGGCCCAUGGAGGAAAAGGUAUAAAAACAGUACUGGAUGAAAGAAUCAACUUAUCAGACAUCUUUGAAAUGUUCAACAAUAAAAACUGUCCAGCACUUCAAAAGAAACCAAAAAUCUUUAUAAUCCAGGCUUGUAGAGGAGGUCGAAGAGAUGGUGGUGUUGUUCAAGCCGAUGGUGAACCAAUGGAAGUGAAUGAUUCAGAGAAAAAGCGACUUCCCACAUUCAGUGAUUACUUUAUCCUCUAUCCUACCCAUGAAGAUCACAUUGCUUUACGCCACCCAGAAGAUGGUUCUGUGAUGAUUCAAGCAAUGGAUGAAGUCUUUCAGAAACAUGGCAAGAAGUUGCAUAUUGUGGAUUUUUUUACUCAAGUGAACAACAGAGUGGUGCACACAGACUUUUACAUGGACGAGGAUCCUGUCAAAGUGGUGCCUGUCAUGGAGUCCACUCUCACCAAAGCUGUGUACUUUUGACGCUUGGUGGAGGCAGAGGUGGAGGAGGUGGAAGAUUUUCAGUACAGAAUAAUUUGUUUAUGCAUUAGCACUGUGCUUUACACUGUAUCAAAUACUGGCUCUUAUGUGUGUUGGAUGUAAUGUGUUGUGAAGGUUUCAUCAGAAACUGCAGCACAAAGCAGUCAGUCUUAUAUCCUGACACUCUGGACAAUCCCUGCACUUGUCAUUACUAAGUGAACUGAAGCAGGUGCU